UUCAUUGAAUUUGAAUUUGAAUUCCAAAUCAUUUGUAAGAAAUCAACUUAUCAAAAUUAAUCUAUGAACAAUGACUGAUCAAUCAUCAACUAGAUUGACUACCGAAAUAAUGGAAUUACCACCACCAUCAUCGGAUUUCAAGCCAAACACUGAUGAUUGGCCUGAAUAUAAACGUAAUGUACUUGGUAUUAUUUAUCUUGAUGAUUAUGAUGGCAAAAUUGAUGAUAUUAAUGAAUCAUCGAAUCAAACUAUUGAAAUACCAUCGCAUGGAACAAUCGAUCCAAAUGUACAACCUCAAUAUCAAUGUAUUAAAUGUGGUAAAAUACAAACAAAUGAAUCGUUGGAUGAAAUUCAUCGAAUGAAAUGUUUACGUUGUUAUAAUAAAGCAUUCAACAAAAUUAGACCAACAAAAUGGGUUAAAUUUCAUGCAUAUUAAAAUGAUCUAAAUUUUUUUUUGGUCAAAA